AUGGCAGGGGAGGGAUCUAUGCCUUCUCUAUUGGGAGAAGUUUCACUAUUAGAUGAUCAUGAGCUUACUAAUAUAGUUACGGAGACAGUGGACCUGUCGCUAUUUGCUAUUGGAAGUGCAAGACCUCGAGAAGAGGGCUUAGAAAUCGGCCAAGAAAACGACGCAGAAGACUCGCAACAACAACAGAAUGACUGCUCACAACAGCCCACACAGACAGUUGCAACUGCAAAGAAGAAGAGAGAGAGGUUUGCAUACAAGGGAAAGAGUUUCAAAGGAGGUAGUGAUCUCUUCCUAGAUGCAACAUACAAGGGCUCAUUCCAAGAGAGAUUCCCAGAUGACGAUGUUGAACUUGUGGGAACAAUUGUCCAGUGCCCGUUCAAUGCAAAUGGCAUGAACUAUGGUUUCAAAUGGGCAACCCAUGGCACAGAAGUUGACAGUAAAUGGACCUUGUCGCAGCUGAAAAGUAAUCCAGAGGUCAAAGAAAAGCUCAAGACACUCAUCUUGGCCUAUGAGGCAGAACAGAAGCUGCUGAAUGCUACCCAAGAAACCACUCCCGCGGACGAAUCAAGCCAAGUUGAAGCCAAUUCCACCCCGGCAACAGCCACCAACAACAGCAAUGAGAAAGAGAAAGCAAAGGAAGACUCAGGACCAACAGAAGCAGAUCGCGCAAGGGCAUACGCUGCACUGAAGACAGCAUGUGGCAGUGGGAACAACUCAAGCCAAAGCAGUAGGCAAAGUGGGAAAGAACGUAGAAGGAGAUCAAGGCGAAAGGACAAUGAUGAUGUUGGUAGUAGUGAAUCUGAAACAGAUGAUGGAGAUGAACUCAAUGAAUUUGAAGAUGCUUUCGGCACAAAUGGAAUGGAUGGAUUAGAUAGUGACGAUUCAGGUGAUGAGAUGGAAAAUCAAGCGACCGACAGCACCACAAUCUCUGAUCAGGAAUCCUUCGGAAAAAUUGUGCAGAGGCUUAUCUGGAAAUUCGAAGACAUCCAACCUGGAACUGUUCCGUUCGAGGAAAGCAAGCCCCUGUUGCAGGGAACAGAUGCCAAAACAACACUUAGAGCUGGUGUCAGCAAACGCUGGACAUCCCCAUUCGAAUGCUUCCAACACCUGGGCUGUGACCGUGAGUUCGUUGCCCUGCUGGCACAGCAUUCAAACGACUAUGCCAAGAAAAGUAUCUUCACGAACAGUGGCAACAACAAGAGACUUCACGGGGCUAUUUGGAAGGAUAUAAGUACAAAGGAGAUGCAUAUCUUUCUCGGCAUCAUGCUGAAGAUAUCACUUAUGCCAAUUGAUAUGGGUGGCUAUCCAGCUUAUUUCCGAGACAAUGAUGUGGCAAUCAACUACAACAAGAAGGAACAACCAAGACAAAUAAAGAACACGAAGGGAUGGGCCUAUCAGUACAUGUCGCUUAUAAGGUUCAAGCAAAUCAGAAGCGCUUUUCAUCCUGAAUGCAAGUCGAUGGCGGGAGAAGGAGGUGACAAAUGCUACCAACUUCGCCGCUGUAUCAACACCGUCAACAGAGCUUCUAAGUCCACAUUCGAUGCUGGUUGCUGGUGUUCCUUCGAUGAGGGUGGAGUGGCUUGUCGUUCUCGAUUUUGUCCUUGCAGACAAUACAACAAAGACAAACCAGAUAAGUUUCGUGUCGACUUCUUCAUUUUGGCAUGUUCCACCACGUACGCGAUUCUUCAUUUGGAUGUUUAUCAAGGAAGGAAUGCAGCCAAUAUUGGAAUCCAUGAAUCGAUCCUAGAUCUUCCAACCACUCAGAAAGCAACAAUGAACGCAGUGAUGUCAGCCUUCGGUACUGAACCCAGGGGAGCUAGACACCUUGCACUGGACAAUCGGUACCAGUGUCCAGAACUAGCUGUACUGUUACUCACUAAGUGCAAUAUCUAUUCAACUGGAACUUGCCGUAGGAGAAGGAUUGGUUGGGAUCGGAAAGUCAUGGAUCUGGAAAAGAAAGAUGGCCGUGGUAUGUACAAGUUAGCGGUGGACAAACAGAAUCGGUUGCUUGAGAUGCAGUGGGUUGACAACAAGGUUGUUUCGAUGGUCACAAGUCGCAAUGACACCACAAUCGGAAAGGUAAAACGGCAAGUGGGAUCGAUAAAGAAAACUCUGGAUUGUCCUAACGCGAUCAGGGGGUAUCAAGCAACAAUGUUUGGCAUUGACAAAGGCGACCAAAUCAGAGCACAUUUUGGUGGCUUCUCGACGAAAUCUCACUUCAAGAAAUGGUACAAGAAGAUCUUUCUUGCCCUUCUUGAUUGCAUGUUGUUGAACGGUCUUGUUGCAUGGAACCUAUCAGCUGAAGAAGACAAGUUCAAAAUCCGUACCAAACUGAUUCGGCAUGAGUUUAUGAUGAUUGUCGCAGAGUCCUUACUCGAAUACGACGAACCUGAGCCCAAAGAAGUGAACGAAACUGAUGGCAAAAAGAAUCCCAUGUCACAUCACCGACCAAUGGAAAUCCCCAAAGGCAGCGGAAGGCCUAAGUGCAUUGUUUGCAGGCUCGAGUGUGGGAAUUUCUUUGGCAAGACCAUUGGUGAAGCUGGCAUCAGAAGGAAUGUCAGCACUUGCUCUAUUUGCAAAGUUCCCGCUCACAACUGUGUACCUGCCUCAUCGGACAGAGAGAUCCACAACUUGCCACAGUUCAAGGGGAAAACUUGCUUUGAAAUCGCCCAUUCUCCUGAUGGGCUCAGCUUGUGGCCAAUCAGGGCAAAUUUAAAUCACAAGCACGGCCCAAGAUCCAGCUGUCGUUCAUGCCCAGCAUGGCAAAUGCUACGGGAGAGACAUGGGCUUCCCCCUAAGGAAACACGCAAGCGCAAAAUAGUACACGAAGAGGAUGAUGCUAGCAGCAAAGACGAAGAAGAAAACAGCGGCAGCAACGGCAACAACAAUCACAAGGAACAAGCGUUGGCUUCCAGUGACGACGAAGACAUUUAUUCGUAA